AUGAGGGCCGUGUUCCUGGUGCUUCUCCUCUGCGCUGGAGCCUGUGCCCGCCCCGUGCCUGGCCGCGAGCCCAUCCGCCCCCGCCGCAGCACCCGGCAGGAGGACACAGCUAGCAAAGAUGACUUCAACAAGCUGGGCAACCUCCUGGGUGGUGGAGAUGGCAGACACCCUCCUGGCAGUGCGGAGAGGGGAGACAAUGCCCUUGCUGGGGAGCCAGCAGGUGGGAAUGCCGUGGGCGAGCUCCACAGCCGAGAAGAGGGAGGCAGAGCUCGGGAGGCUCAGCACCUGAACUGGGUGGAUCAUGAGGACACGGAUGCUCAGGAUGAGAACAGCCUUGGUUUCCUGGAGGAGGAUGCACGCGAUGAUGACGAUGGUGACGAUGGAGAGCACCACGGUGCUGGAGGCAACGGGCUUCCGUCCCAUGCUGGUGGGCUCCUGGACGAGGAGGACGACAGCGGAGAUUACACCUUUGACGAGAACGGGCAGGAGGAGGGCAGCGAAGGUCCGACUUACGUGGCUGGUGCUGAUGGGGCGGGUGACCAUGGUGGGUACCAGUGGACUUACAGGCAGGGAGGGGGCAGCAGCAGCAGCCAGGAGGAGGAGGAGAGAUAUGACUUCGAGGAUGAAGGUAUGCAGGGCGACGACCCCUCUGUCUUCGACGGCCCAGGAAGCAGCUACAAGGGGUGGCGUGGUGACAGCAGGUCCCCGGAGGCUGGGGAUGGUGACUCAGAAGAAGACAGCCCGUCCACAGAGUCAGAAGAGCCCACCUCCAGCCAGACAGAGGAAAACAGCGCCAGCCCCUCCAGGGAGGACGGGGAGGACAGCCGCUCCGGGGAGGGCAGUGAGUCCAGGGAGGGCACAGAGGAGGAGCUGGGGGAGUCCCCAGAGGACAUCUCUGAGGAGGUGGAGAGCACAUUGAACGAGCGUGGUGACAGCCCGUCCCGGGAAGAGCAGGAGGACCAGGCAUCUGCUGAGGACAGGAGCACACCUUCUGCGCCCGACAGCGCGUCCAGGGAAGACGAUGGCGACCAGAGCAAGUCUGAGGAGGAUGAUGGUGACCAGAGCCAGUCCCCGGAGAACACUGUGGAGGAAUCCCAGGAGGAUGGGGAUGACUCUACCCCUGAUGGAGACUUGCCGAGCGCAUCCACCGAGAGCCAGAGCGCAUCCCCCGAGGAUGACGGGAGCCCAGAGGAUGAUGCAGGUGAGGACAGCAGGUCCGUGGAGAGCAGCAACAGCACGUCCCAGGAGGACGAUGAUGACGAGGAGAGCCACUCCCAGGAGGAUAGCCGCAAGCGUCGGCCGGGCGCCUACCGCAAGAAGCCCGCUGUCGACUACGAUGACAACGACUGCCAGGAUGGGUACUGA